AAGACAUAGAUAUGACAGAGAACACAACAUUUCAGCACAUGCGGCCUCCACUCUCGGGGCUGCCUGGUGCAGACAAAUCAUUUUCUAGUGGGAACUAAGCUUCUUAGUCACCUGUUUCACCCGGACUUAUUACGCGGGUGCGCAGCGUCUCCUGGUAACGGAAGCUCUGGAAAGCCGGAAGUGGAUUUGAAUGACAGUUUACGAGGAGAGUGACCUCCUGAUGAGGGUAAUUAACCCUUCCAGCGGGAUUACAGUCAUGUGACGGCCGUCAUUUCUGUGUAUAUCGGAGGACUCUGGGGCCAGUCAUGGCUAUAAAGAUCUUCUUUCCGACCUCCUGCUCAGCAGCAGAGAAUGGACUCCUCAUCGGACGCUGGAUGGAGGAGCACCGGUCCGCCGUCAUCCUGGCCACGCUGCACUUUCCAUUCAUUCCUGCCAUUGUGAGGACGCACCUGAGCCAACUGGAACGGGCAACGGGCAUGAGCCUCUCCGUCCUGGGGACCUGGAGCCAUAGUAAAGCAGAGGCUGACGACAAGAUGGAAAACUUCCUGGGGGAGCUGAGCACCAUCUUUAAGCACCAGCCCUGGCUGCGGAUGGCGAGGGAGUCCACCAGCAAGUUCUGGGACUGUCGGAUUGAAAGACUGGAGGAUGACACCACGGAGGACGUGGUCUUGGUCUACUAUGAUCAGAGCAAGGUCAUGUUGUCAGAGCUGCACUCUGCCUCUGAACACUCUGAGGUCGCUGCCAUGUUUAAUACAGUGGCCAAGAACCAGCUGCUCUUUGCCAACGAUAAGUAUGAUGAGGGGUCGGUGAGGUUAACGCAUUGGCAGUCUGAGGGCAAGGAGGCCAGUAUUAUUGUGGAGCUGGCAAAGCAAGCGUCUGUGCCGGUGUGUGCCGUCCUUUCAUUUUUCGUCUCUCUGAUCACCAGCAUUUGUAGCCUCAGGGUCCUUAGCGGGAGGCCUCUUUCCUAUCUGUGGAACAAGCUGUCUACCUAUGAACAACUGGGGAGACGUCUGGAGGACCUACGUAUGAUCAGCGGUCCUCAGAGGGCUCAAGACCACCCAACGUUCAUGAGGAAGGCCAACAUUGUCUUGUCGCUGAUUCUAGACAUCGGACUUGGGAUCUUCCUUAUGUCCUGGCUGUAUCGGGGGAACCACAUAGGUCAGCUGGCUGACACCCUCAUGCCUGUGGCAGAUCGGGUGGCUUUGGAACUUCAAGGUCUGCUGCAGUGGUUGAUGGGAGCCCCGGCCGGGCUGAAAAUGAACCGGGCGCUGGACGAAGUCUUGGGGCGAUUCUUUAUGUACCAUAUCCACCUCUGGAUUAGUUACAUCCGCCUGAUGUCUCCAUUCAUUGAGGUUAUCCUGUGGUACAUCGGACUGUCGGCUUGUCUCGGGCUGUCCGUGGCUCUCUCUAUUCUGUCCGAUAUCAUUGCGCUCCUCACCUUCCACAUAUAUUGCUUCUACGUGUACGGGGCCAGACUGUACUGCCUGAAGAUGCAUGGGCUGUCUUCCCUCUGGCGUUUGUUUCGUGGUAAAAAGUGGAAUGUCCUGCGACAGAGAGUGGACUCGUGCUCCUAUGACUUGGAUCAGCUAUUUCUCGGGACCCUGCUGUUCACAAUCCUGCUCUUUCUACUGCCGACCACUGCCCUUUAUUACCUCGUUUUUACCCUGCUUCGGCUCGUCAUGAUUGUGGUGCAAGGCGUGAUCCAGAUGACCAUAGAUCUCCUCAGCACCCUCCCUUUCUAUGCACUUUUACUGCGCCUGUGUCGCUCCUACAGAUUAGCUGCGGGUGUCAAAUUUCAGAUGCUGGAGCAAAAAAGCGGAAAACCUCUAAGACUGUUGAUGCAGAUCAACCCAUUACCCUAUGGACAGGUGCUGCAAACCUACAGGCUGCCUUCCAGGAGAUGCUACCCCAAGGAUUCCUGGGGUUCCUUAUGCAAAAAAUUGUUCAUUGGAGAAGUGAUCUACCCCUGGAAGCAGAAGAAGAAUAAAGAGGAUUAAGAGAGACGAUCUGUGACUGGAGAGUCCCUGGUGAUAAGGCUCAAUUGGGGACAUUUAUCACAUGCUUUACGCCACUAUUAUGGUGUAAAAAAACACUGCAAAUUAUAGCUCACGCACGAUUUGGAGAAUCAUUUGAAACAUUUCACUUCUCUUGCCACUUUCAAAAAUGGCUUGAUAGAUGUAGGCCUCGUUCACAUUUUUGUGUCCGUUUGAUGUCUUUGAAGGAUCCAUCUUUGGUCCAUGUGUCCGUUUUUUUACCCUCCGUUUGUCAUCUGUAUUCCACAGACCCUGAUCUGCUGAAAAUUAAUUUCCAAAGCAUCUCCUAUGAGUGGUAAGUGAAAAAACGGAUCAAACAAGGAUGCCAUCAGAAUGAGUGUUUUUUUUUAUUGACCCAUGGAUGUGUUUGGUCCGCAUCACGGACCAAAACGGUGCGUGUCUGUGAUUUUUAUACUGACCCGCGGUCAGUAAAAAAAAUACUGAUGUGUGAACAAACGCAUUAAAAUCAAUGGGUACGUGUGCUGUCCAUGGAAAACGUGGAUAACACGCGUCGGUGAAAAACGGAAAUGGGAAUGAGGCCUCGCUAUCAUUUACUCCAGGAACUGUCGUAAAUGACAAUUCACAUCUAUGCUGGCCUGGUGUAGAUUUGCAUUUUUUUGCGCACAGAUUGCCUGAGAUGCGCCACAUUUAUUAAAAAGCCUGCCUGACGGUCUUUAUACUAAAGCUGGUGUAAUGCCAGUGUCGGUAUAUCCGCCAUGGCUUGUGCCAUGCCUCUUGCUGCAUUUUCUAGUGCACAUUUAUAUUAGAUUUCUGUUUAAAGGGUGUCUGUCAGCAGAAUGUGAUCCCGCCUGCCUGGUCCUGUCAAUCAAAGUGCAGAGAGAGCAGAGCCUCUCGGUGUAAUGGCAACGCCCCCGUUGCUCCUAGAGGCUAAUUUGCAUAUAUUAAAACAUCAUUUUUCUCAGCAAUGCGGGCA